CACCACCACCUACAUUCGAUUGCAGUCUUCUUAGUCGUAGAGCUUCUCCACGGGAAGAAUGUACCGAACGGUGCUGCCAAUUCUGCUGGCCGUGGUUCUCAGCUCCGCCGCUGACAUUGGGCCCCUCUUUCCUAAGGACAAAUGGCUGGAUCAAAUCAGACACCCUUCCCGAAAUGAAACGAAGCACAUCAUCGCUCCACUGAUCGUGACGAUUCCGGGUUCCUUGGACAACAAACAGGCAGAGCAGCUCGUUCAGAACUUGGUGGAGCUUCUUAAGAUCCACCUGGGCGAUAGCAUGCCCAAGACCAAUCACACAGUGAUCGAACAAACUGGCUAUGGAGUGUUCAACAAUUCGGAUGCGGUGCUGAAGAUGCUCAUGAAGAAGCAGGCCGAAAGGGAAAGAGCGAGGGAAAGGAAGAAAGAAGAGGAGAAGGUCGCCGCAGGAAUAAAGAAGGUGGGGAAACUGAUUGACGAUGCGGAAAAAGCAGCUAAGAAAGCCGAAAAGGCCAAAAAGGAUAAGGAAAAGAAAGAUUCAAACAAGAAGGAACCCGAUUGGUAUGUUAAGAAACCACGACUGCCUACAUAUAAGCCUUUUGAACUGAAGAAGUCUCACGAACACGAUCGAAAGAAAAGUAGCGAAGAAUAUAGCAAAGAAGACAGCAGAGAAAAUAGCAAGGAACACAGCAAGGAAUACAGCAGGGAAUACAGCAAGGAAGACAGUGAAGAAUAUAUCAAAGAAUACAGCAAGGAAGACAGCAAAGAAGACAGCGACGAAGAUAGCAAAGAAGACAGCAAGAAACAUAGCAAGAAAUACAACAAGGAAACCAGCGAAGAACACAGUGAAGAACACAGUGAAGAACACAGCAAAGAAGACAGCAAGGAAGACAGCAAGGAAGAGAAGAAGGAUUCGCCGAAUCCAAUUGCCGGAAUCAGCAAAAUGUUGAAGGAAGAGGCGAAGAAACUGAAGAAACUCAAACCGAAGAAAUCAUCCGACGAGAAGUUGAAGGAAAUGGUGCAGCAGUUGACGAAGUCGCUCACCGUGCUGGUCGACAUCAUCGACGAGGUCAUCGAGACGGGUGAGUAAGGGAAAGGUGAUGUUCCGUCGUCAGUGGUCGAUAGAGUUGAUGACGUCAUUCCGGAUGCGUUGAUAGCGGCCGAUGGAAUCGCGAAGCAGAUUGGAAAGGAUUAGAUUGCGGAGUUUUUCUGGCGAGGAGAUGGAUGGGAUGGUGUAAAGUCAAUACUUUAAAAAUGUUAGUUAGAUACAUACAAUGAAUACAUAAAUGGGAAGAUGAGUACUCCAAAGCAAAAUAA